CACUUCCGCCCGCGGCGGCGGUGGCCGAGAGCCGCGGUGCGGCCGCGCCCGGGCUCUGGUGUGGCCGCGCCUGUGCCCGCGCCGUGCGAGCGUCCCGCCCUCGGGCCUUGCCUCCCGGACUUUCUCCAGGGCGAGGGGACGUCUCCAGGCGUUCCCGGAGCUGCGCGAAGCCCGGCCCCAUCUGAGACUUCCCGCCGUACUUUGCAGGUUGUUCAAAAUAUUGGGCUUGGCUGGCCAGAAUUGCUCCUGGCUGGAAACAAUGAAGCACCAUUUUGCAUGAAACUUCUACAUGACUGAGAUCAUGGCGUCUUCAACAAACUUAGAUGUCGGGGCUCAGUUAAUUGUGGAAGAAUGCACCACGAGCUACAGCCUUCCACCCAUGCCAGACAUUAAAGUGGAGCAUCAGCUUGACACCAGCACAGAGGAAGGCCCAGCUCAGAGUGUCACCAUGGGGAUGAAAUUCAUUUUGCCCAAUAGAUUUGAUAUGAAUGUCUGCUCACGAUUUGUGAAGUCUUUGAAUGAGGAGGACAGUAAAAAUAUUCAAGAUCAAGUCAACUCUGACCUUGAAGUUGCAUCUGUCUUAUUUAAAGCCGAAUGCAACAGCCACACUUCUCCUUCCCCUGGUAUCCAAGUAAGACAUGUUUAUACUCCUUCAACUACUAAGCAUUUCUCACCAAUAAAACAAUCAACUACACUAACUAACAAACACAGGGGAAAUGAAGUCUCUACAACGCCUCUGCUUGUAAGCUCUUUAUCAGUGCAUCAGCUGGCUGCUCAGGGAGAAAUGUUAUAUUUGGCCACACGUAUUGAACAAGAAAAUUUAAUCAAUCAUAAGGAUGAAGAAGGAUUUACCCCUCUGAUGUGGGCUGCAGCUCAUGGGCAGAUAGCAGUAGUGGAAUUUCUCCUCCAGAAUGGUGCAGAUCCUCAGAUUCUGGGGAAGGGGCGAGAAAGUGCCCUCUCACUGGCCUGCAGUAAAGGAUACACAGAUAUUGUCAAAAUGCUGCUCGACUGUGGAGUUGAUGUCAAUGAGUAUGACUGGAAUGGAGGCACACCCUUGUUAUAUGCAGUACAUGGGAACCAUGUGAAAUGUGUAAAAAUUCUUCUUGAAAGUGGUGCCGAUCCAACUAUCGAAACAGAUGCUGGCUAUAAUUCCAUGGAUUUGGCUGUAGCCUUGGGCUAUCGGAGUGUUCAACAGGUUAUUGAGUCUCAUUUAUUAAAGCUACUUCAAAACAUCAAGGAAUAAUGGUUGGCUCUUCUGCAGGUGCCACUUCUUGGCUUGGAGAUUUGAACUACUGAUUAGCUCUCUAAUCAGUGACAAGAGUUGGUUGUUUUGUAACUUCACAGUUCAACUAUUUGCUGGUUUUAGUUAAGCUUUUUAGUAUUCUUUCUCUUCUUUCACUGUUGUUAAUACAAAUAUACAAUGUCACCCUUUCCUUAAAUACAUUUUAUACAAUUUUAGAGAAGUCAGUUGCUGUGCAUGAAAAGCUUUGUAAAUAAACCCAUUUCUGACCGUGUAAA